UUGGCCGCGCUCUCCAAGAAGCUAGAUUGUCUCUGAGCUCGCGGAUCUGGAUCAGUCGAGAGCUGCAGGGGAGUUUUGGAGACCUUAGGGACGAAGGUCGAGUGGUUCACUAGAGAGCGAGCGAGAGUCGAGCAGCAACGCGAUCGAAAGGAAGCGAGAAGCUAUGGCCGCAAUGCAGGCGUCGAUGGCUAUCAAAAGAGGCACCUCGACCGUCGCCUGCACAGCGAGGAACUUGUUGGGUUUGCAGAGAGGGUUUAGCACCUCGUACAAGGAGCACGGUUACACUCUACCAGAUCUGCCUUAUGGUUAUGGGGAGUUAGAACCUGCCAUCAGUGGAGACAUCAUGCAAUUGCACCACUCGAAGCAUCAUCAGGCUUACAUCACCGGCUUCAAUCAGGCGCUCGAAAAGCUUGACGCAGCUCAUUCUAGUCGCGAUCCACAAACUAUUGUCCAGCUCCAGGCUGCUCUCAAGUUCAACGGUGGAGGCCAUGUUAACCACAGCAUCUUUUGGAAGAAUCUAGCACCCAUAAAGGAAGGAGGAGGUGUUCCUCCUGAAGGGUCGUUGGCAUCUGCUAUUGAGGCUGAGUUUGGUUCUCUCGAAAUUCUAAAAGCGAAGAUGGUUGCUGGAGGUGUAGGAGUUCAAGGAUCAGGCUGGGUGUGGCUAGGUUUAAACAAAGACCUAAAAAAGCUCGUUGUGGAGACCACAGCAAAUCAGGAUCCUUUGGUUACCAAAGGACUGAUUCCAUUGUUGGGGAUCGAUGUUUGGGAACAUGCUUACUACCUACAGUACAAAAAUGUUCGCCCUGACUACUUGAAAAACAUCUGGAAAGUGGUGAACUGGAAGGAUGUCUCAUCUCGAUACGAGGAAAAUGUUUGAUAUAGAUCGUUGAGGGUAAGUCACCAUGUCAAAUAUGUCCACCCUUGUCCGUUCAUGACUUUUCAGUGAGACAUGGAGGGCAAUGCUGGUGAAACUUAAGGUGAGGAAGAGGUUUCAGGAGAGGUCUUGGAUGGCCUAGUCCAUUCAUCUUAACAUGUAUAUAUGCGGGAGUAUGCUUCAAAAUUAUUCUGGCAGAAGAUCCUUGCAUUGUGUUAAUUUAUCGAGUGCAAUAGAGUUUUUUUCUCACAUCUGUAUGAGAAGCAUAAGACUUGAGAUCGAAAGUACAUUGCAGAACAUGUCCUUUCGUCCAAUUGAAUUGCUGUUGGAGUUCUACUGUUCCGUCCAAAUGCAUGUGGAUGGAUGGUUAUUCCCUUUGAUCAGAGUGGCAUUCCAGGUAAAAUUGUGAGGAGAGCAGUCUUCGCUGAGCGCUGUUUUCUCUGAUUUGGUGGUUGUUGUGUAUGCCUGCGUUUGAUAUACUUAUAGAUGAUAUGUAAAUCAGCGUGUGAAAGUGAUGCAUAUGGAUCAAUUUUAGAUAACCUGUGGUUUCUCUUGCACUUGCCAUAACCUUCUCUUGCACUUGCCAUACCCUUCUCUUGCACUUGCCAUACGUACAGUCUAAUUCAAGUUAAUACUCAGAUAAAUUCUAGGCAAUGUUCUUCAGGUCAAAACUCUGAAUGUGACACUCCUUGCCUUGAUCCAAGUUCAAGUUCCAUCUCAAACUCAGCUGGACUGCUGUAACCAUCUUCACAUCCCUGUAAUCCAACAGUUGUGAUCAGUACGUGAAGGAAUGAUCAUUGGCAAGGUGUGAUCUGAUUGUUUUACUAUUUUAACAAGAGUUUUUCUAUUUUCAGCUUUGAGCUUGGAUACACAAAAUCGAAACCCCAAAUCUUGGUAGCUGGUGUGUUAUUGGUCACAAAAGUAGCCUUGAAGUAAAUCACCACUACCUUAUAACUCAGCCAAGCCAAAUUACAGUCUCUAGUCAAUGAGUACUCGUAUGGUCUGACUCCGAGAUUAAUCAACAAUAUUAUAAGUGAAGUAAUUUAAAUUCCAGUCCUAAACCAAAUUGAAGCUGAGUAUCUGGUAGAAAGGAACUUCCAGUCAACCAGGUGAAACAGCCGAGCAUGAACUAAUAAAGUAUUAUUUACAGGCGCAGUUCUCCCCCCGCUCUUUUAUGUGUUACUUGUAUUGAUCUUGCUGAGUAUACAUAGUGCGUGGCGUAACUACAUAAAUAGCACCGGUUUCAUAGUCACCUGUUUCACCUGCUUGAUUGGCAGAUUCGUGAUGUUGCUUCGAGCUAAAAUACUACUGCAGCUCAAAUACUACAUCCAACCGUAUGCUGUCUCUUUGCUUAUAUUUGUAGAUUCUCUACAUACGAACAAGAGAAGUUUGUCAUGUGCAACAGCGAUGUACACAAAAUGGUCUAUGGGAGUUUCAUCAUCUACCACAGUUGUAAUUCAACAGUGGUCUGGCGUCCAUGACUUAAGCGCGGUGACAGCGAUUCCCGAGAUAACGUGUUUUCACAUAGCACCUGUGAAACUGACACCUUGUAAUUCGCAUGAGCUUUUGUUCACGGUGUAAAUUCUACCUCUUCUUUCAAUGAAUUCUGCCGUCGCAAGUGGUGAUUUUUGAAAACUUCUGAAUUAACCAUAUAUCUGUAGUUGCCUCAUACCAAAGCAGCCGUAUUCUGGGACACACUUACCUCUUAUGGCUCCUUCUAACUGAGGUUUAGUGUGGCCUCUUUCUAGAGUGUGUCGCCAGGAAGCGGUGAAUAAACAAUCUUUCAACGCGAUGGCCAUGAAUCUGAAAUGUGCCACCGUGUGCUUCACAAUCUGUGCUUCUCUGCAAGAGAUGAGUAGUGGGGAGCACGAAAAGAGUUGCAAACCUUGAGGGUGCAAAUGGAUGGAUUCAUGGAUGCUGGACAGCACUUCCUCGUCCACGAUCUUCAGACCGGUGGACUCACAAGGUGCCUUGCCCACCGGAAGGACGGGCGAUACAAACGUUUGCCAAACUAGGGUAUAUUGUAUCCACCGGCCAUAAAAUGAAAACAAUUUGCUCGAAGGUCAUGGAAGGUUUUUGCUUAUGGUACAGAAGAGAGGCUUUUCUGUGUAACCAAAACUGCACACUACGGUAAAGCUGUGAGAGCAUUGUCGUGAUGGAGACAAAGUGUGCUUGCUGACAGUUGACCGAGGAUAUUUACAACUGUAAGUACCUCGUUUGAAUAGACCUGAAGAUAAGUUAGCUAGAAAUCUAGAAGUAAAGUCCGUGAAGCUGAAAGUGCUUCUACCUUUCUGAGUAAUGUACCAAACUUAACCACGUUAGUUUCGGGUGGCAUCAAAGGACACAGUGGCUAUGAUUAUGUGAAGAGAUCAGCAUUCGAGAACUUCAUUUUUCCUUAACAGUUGUUCAAUAAUUUGA